AUGCUAUUGCUGGGAAUUCUAAUGUUCAUAUUUGGAGUGACAUUCAUGCAACUGGCCUACAACCACCUGCGAAACACUGGCAUAGACAUAGAAUCAAGUGGUCUCGUGACUUACUAUGGCACCAUAGGAAGAAGCAUGCUGACCUUGUUCAUGGCAAUCUCAGGAGGAGUUGAUUGGAGAGAUGCCGUCGCUCCCCUGAGUGCAAUGAGCUGGAUCAUCGACUACUUCAUGGGAAUCUAUGUGUUCUUCACUGUCUUUUGCUUUAUCAAUGUCGUGACAGGUAUUUUUGUGGACAAUGCCAAGGAGCUUGGCGAGCAGGAGACGCUGCAUCAGCGUGCCGGGCAGUAUCUUCGCCGCCAGCGCUGGGUGAAAGAGGUCGUCAACCUUUUUGCAAAGAUGGAUGUGAGUAGUGAGGGCGACUUGUCCUAUGAGGAGUUCAUGGCAGAGAUCAAGGAUGAAAGGGUGCAGGACUGCUUCCGUCACUUGGGUAUCAACGUGGAGAACCAUACGGCCGACGAGCUCUUUGAGCUCUUUGACUUCGACGAUGACGGCAAGAUCGAUCCUUUCUCCUUUGAUGCUCGCCGUUAUGAAGAUUUGUCGGGAUGGGAUGAGCAAGCCAUCCGUCAAUUUCACGGCACUGCCAGAAGCAUUGAUGUCUACAAGAUCCGAAGGGAUACGCAGAAGUGCCCUGGUCGAGCCCGGCUUGUUGCAUCAGGGAUGAAGCCGCGCAAGUUGUGA